CCACUAAUUCGAAACACCAGAUACAAUAUCCUUUAGAAACCACCAGCUUCUUAGGAUACGUGGUUUAUCUUGAUACUUCCAAGUUGGCAAGUCUACUAUCACUCAUUCUCCCUUUAAAAUCCCAGCAACCCUCCAAAUCCGCUUCUUCACACUUUCCUAGCUCCCAAACACUACAAAAAAAAAAAAAAAAAAAAAAAACCAACAACAACAACGUUGCAAGAAAUGAUGGAUGUUUGGUCAUGGAUUUGUGAGUUGCCAAACUCGAACCUGUGGACCGACUCAGAGUCAUCACCACCCGUCUUCGAACUCGCGAGCUCCGGUACGGAGAACUCAACUCGGUCCAUUCAACUCAGGGCCGAGAAAACCUCCGGUUCCACCAUUGAUUCGUUAGUGAACUUCACCGUAUACUUACAUGGCUUCAACCACGUGAUCACCGCCUCCCCAAAGAUUCUCUGGGUGUCGGACACGUGUCAUCUCUCAUCCGAGAAGCCUUUUCUCCCUCUGGUUCUUCAGCUUCUCCAAGAGACCGUCUCCCGUUCACCUACGGCGCACUAUAGCACCACCCCCUGCCCUCGUUCCCAGCUCCAGAAGCUCAAACCCGACGUCGUUUCAUGGAUCAUGGACUCUCACUCCCCCGAGUCCUUCUCCAGCUUCUUCAGCCUCGUCCUCCUCACGCGCCUCUUCUGGCUCUGCGCCUGCGACGCGCCGACCGAGGUCGGCUCUCUCUAUUUCCGUGCCUUGUUGGCUCCAAACAUCGAAACCGUCGUGUCGUCGAAGAACUCGCGGGCUCUGCGCGCGUUUUUCGCCACAGUCGGAGUCGACGCAGAGCUGCGUUUCAUGCGCACCGUCGGGUACAUGUUAGCAAAAUGGUGCAUUUUAAAGGAGGUGGGCGUAGGAUUACAAAUGUUAACCCCAUUAACGACGUGGUCUGAGAAGAAUAACAAUCUGGGAUUCUCUUACGCAACGGAGGCCCAUGGGUUUUGGACUCUCAAGGGCUACGCGCCGAUCGCGGGGAUGAAACUCACGAGCGGCUCCGCCAGAAAUAUUCAGUUUCCGGUGCUGAAAUACGUGCUGGCGCACCAGCAGCUCGAGGCCGUUAUUCAGUUUGAAUACACGGUCGGAUUCUACGAAGGCCUGAUUCAGGUAAACGCACGUGUUGAUAAUCUACGCCUGCACGUGACGAAACUCGGGUACAACAAGGACAACGACGAUGAUGACGUGGAGCUCGGAGAGGAGAGGCACUUCCCGUCGAGAAUCCGGGUUUGGGUUGGGCCGGAGGUCGGGGCGAAUUAUGUCGCCGGGCUGAGCCUGGGCCGGUCCUCGGAGAAGCACGGCGAGAGAGAGGUCGAAACUCAUAGCAUCGUGAAGGGCAGUUUCGGAAUAUCCAAAAUGUUGUCUCCGAAGGUAAAGGCCACAUCGAGGACGUUGAGGAGGACGAGACAGAGGAGCUGGCGGUGGGACCAGGACGCCGAGGGCAACGCGGCGGUGUUCGACGCGGUGCUCUGCGACGGCGCCACGGGCAGUGAAGUUGCCACGUGGAAGCCGUCCACUGGCGGAGAUGAUCAUGGCGGGUUUCGCGACAGGUACAACGGGACCGAUAGGGUGUUUACGAAGAGUGGGGGUUUGGUGCUGGCCGGGGAUGAUUAUGGAGAGGAAGUAGGGUGGAGACUGAGUAAGGAAAUGGAAGGGAGUGUGUUGAAGUGGAGAAUUGGAGGGAAAGUUUGGGUGAGUUACUGGCCAAACGAAGUGAAUAGUUCGUAUUUUGAGACUAGGUGUGUGGAAUGGUGCGACGAGGUUGAUUUGCCUCUCAUUCCUCCCAAGUUGUUGAGCUUUUGAUUCAAUAAAUUAAAGCUUAUGGUCUUGAGCAUCGGUCUACAAUAUGGUUUUUAGAUUGGUGUAAUGAUCUAAAUAGUUUGAAUGUGUCAUGGUUAGGGAUGUAUAUCUAUAUGUUACU